AUGGAUCUAACAACGAUUUGUACGCCAUUAUUUUCGCUGAGGGUGAUGUGGGCCAAACUCAAGCAGUUGAGGCUUAAAUGUAAGUACGUAAAUAUAGAAGUCUUAUAGUUUUUUUUUUUCUACGUACAUGUGAUUUUGAGAUAUAAUAUUCUAGAAGCAGUGAUGUAAUUUGCAUUUACCUGAACUUCAAUGAGCUUCAAAAUCUCUUCAGAGUGGUUAAAGUACAAUUUUCUAUUGACCUUUUCUGGUUAUGAUAAAAUUAUUUCAACUAAAUUUGGAAUAUAUAAGCGCAAAAAUUUGCCACGGACUAUGAAAAAUGAUCGGGUACGUAAAUUUCAACGCAGUCAACGAAGAGGUCUUUUAGUCAGAUAAACUGCUUUGAAGUUCUUUCAUAACUAUAAGUCUUGAGUUCGGCCUCUACUCCAAAUUAGUUAGCUUGGCAAACAGCAAGGGUUAAGUGAUCUUUUAGUGUGAAACAAUCUGCUAUUUAUCUAAAACACCAUUGUGAAAUGUAAGACUAACAUUUUACAACAUCCAAAGUCUUUUGCUUCUUUAAUAUCAAAUAAAUGUUAUCUACACAGGCAUAGAAGAAGAGCUUUACAAGAGGAUUACUAAUUUAAACGGCAGGUCAGAUGUUAUGUUGUACAAUAUAUUAUGAGGGUUUUGUAUACUCCUUCAACAGUUAACUCUCAUCAGCCUCUCACAUUUCUUCUCUCUAUCUGGGCACCUCUGAAUAAGCACUUAUCAAUUGGUAGCUAAAACUCAUCACUACAAUGCAGCAAGAGUACACUUCCAAGACACUAGGUUUUUACUCUUAACUUAAUUUAUGUCCCAUGAUCAAGAAAAUGAGAUAAGUUUACUGUGUGUGAACUGUAACCCUAACUUUACCAUGGAGAAAACAAAUUUCCUGGACUACCCCUGAAAUGAUCAUGAAACUAUGAAUUCAUAUUUGAAAUAACAAUUUAAAAUUGUAUUGGAGUUAAGUGAUUGCAGAUUCCUUUGAAACAUGAACAUGUAUUUUGCCUCACUAAGAAAAAGCAAGCUGUCUGAAAUUACAUUCAUUUAGCAUACAACUAGUAAUUAACUAGCUAAGCACAGUUUUGUUACACUAUGACAGAAAUUUGUCAACAAACAAUACAAAGGAAGCACUUACAGAACUGUAUAAAAUUUCUCCUGCUGGCCAUGUUCCUCUGCACAUUACACGUCCACCUUAUGCUGACACUGGUACAGUGCCAGACCCACCUUACUCCACUGAAAUUAAAACAGAGAAGCAGAUUGCUCUCAUGAGAACAGCAUGCAGAACAGCCGGGAAAGUUCUCAAUGUGGCCAGAGAUAGUAUCAAGGUGAGAAUAUUUUUUUGCUACUUUUAUCUGAUGUAUUUCAAUUUUUCCUUCAUCUUUUCAUCCAAGUGCUCAGGCAGUUCAAAAAGAUUGGUGAAUUAUUCUUAAUUGCCAGAAGGGAAUUAAUUUUUCAGUGGAACAUUGACACAACAUGUAUACAAUAAAAUGGGUGUUAGUUGGUAACGUUUAUUUUAAGACAUUGCGAUCAUGUGUGAUACUGAAGUCACUUCAGUCACUGAACUGUAGGAUUUUGAUAGAAUUGACCUACACACUUGAAUUCCAUAGAUGAAUUAUGAGUUCAUGAAGACUUAAAAGAGUAACAUGCAAUGAUGCACAUUAUAAUCUUGUACAUUAUAUUUAGCUCCUUGAGCUAAGUCAGUUUGAUCUCAUUUUUUUUCUUCUUUUAAGGUAGGUGUUACAACACAAGAUAUUGACCAGAUUGUACACCAAGCUGCAAUUUCAUUUGGAGCCUACCCCUCUCCUCUGAACUACAAAAAGUUUCCCAAGUCUGUGUGUACAUCUGUUAAUAAUGUGGCUGUACAUGGUAUACCAGACAGGUAAUCUGCUUCUACACAAGGAAUAAUUAAUUUUUGUGGUACGGUUUAGUGGUAAUUUAUAUGGCAUGAUUUAUAUAGUGGUGAAGUACUUAGUACCUCUAGGAUUGCAAAAUUUUGUUCAAUGUAGUCUAGGGAAGAUCUGAUCUACCGAUCGUUAUUUGAAAGAAUUGCUGCAGGGCUAAAUAAGACUAGGAUUAGUGUAAUUUAAUUACUCAGUGGUUACACAACUGAUUUGUUGGAACCAAAUUUGGUAAAAACUCUACUCAUUACAGCUGUUAGGAUAUUUUGUUUAUUUCAUUGCAGUCAAUCUUUACAAGAUGGUGACAUUAUAAGUGUGGAUGUUUCUGUAAGUGUGACAUGAUAUAUACUGUUGGAGUAAUUAUUUGAUUAAGAACAUUGUGCACUACUUUUUAUGGUUUAAAAGAUGAAUUCUUGUAGUUAGUUAUUUUUUGCACCUGUGAGCAGAAUUAUGUUUGGAUCAGUAGUAUGACAACUUACAAUGAUGCAGUAUGAUGCUUGUGUGUGGUUAUAUGUUACAUGUUAUAUAAUUAUUUAACUUGAGAACAUUGUCUCAGAGGAAAUGUUACUAUUUCUUUGCAAAAGUCAAUCAUGUUAAUAUUUAGCCUUUUUAUAAAUGACAGCAAUACUCCAAAUUCUCUCACAUUCAAGCAAAAGACCAGUUUAUCACAGUGACUGUUAUUGAUUUGUGAAUGUAAUAAUCAAUACACAGAGGCUUAAAUCAUGUCUUAUAGGAAAGUUUCAAUACAAAACUUCCUUUUUUUAUUUUCCUGUAUGAUAUGUAACACUCCUGUGUUCCAUUUUUUGUAAUUGUUUUCUUCAGGUCUUCAUUGGUGGUAUGCAUGGUGACUUGUGCGCAACAUAUGUAGUUGGUUCUGUUGACAAACAGGGUCAGAGAUUACUAGAAAGCUGUCAGCGUAGUCUUGAUGCUGCAAUCAAUAUCUGUAAACCUGGAGUACGGUUUUCGUUGAUUGGAAACACAAUUGAGUAAGUAGAACAACUAAAUUUGGCUAUUUUUGGAGUAUGUUGCCAUACAUGUUCAUCUCUAAUGUUGGUAAUGUUUGUGUCUGGUAAUAGUUUUUGUUUGUUAGGGCUCUUUCAUCAGGAAAGUUUGAUUUGCUUCUAGAUCUGUGGCUGGGAAGGAUGGAUUCACAGUUUGUCCCAAUUUAGCAGGUCAUGGUAUUGGAUCAUACUUUCAUGGACCUCCAGAAAUUUUGCAUACAGGUUUGCAGUACUUGUAAGCAUGCACAACUCCAAAGUUAUGAUUUUGGUUAUUUUUAUUUACCUUCCUCUUCAAAAUGAGAUCCCCAUAGGUUUUCACACAGGAACUGAAAAAAAUUGUUGAUUCAUAUUUUUCCUAGAUCAUUUGAUAAAACCAACAAUCUUAAAGCUUUAUUGUUCUUGGCUCAGCCUCCAGGCAGUAUGCACUAUUACCAAUGGAAAACUGGAUGCCACUUGGAUAUCAAUUUUUUUUUAAAGGAAUCCAGUAAGCUAGAUAGGCAGUACAACGUGUCUUUUAUUGUGGUUUCAUCAAAUUUUACUCCUCCCCCAGGAAUCUCAUUUAAAAGGUUAAAAUUUUGUAUGAAAUGUAAGGCUUUAAUUUCUCAUAUUCUUCUCUUCCUCUUCUUUUCACAAUAGCAAAUUAUAAACCUGGGAAAAUGGGACCAGGCAUGACAUUUACUAUUGGUAAAUAUCUUGACUAUCAAACAGCUAUUUUAUGAAUAGGUAUAAUAUUACCUGGCAAGAACCUCAUUAAGGUAGACCUUGUAAAGCCCAAACUGACAGUUGGCAUGGUUACCUGUUACUUGUCCUUUUCCAAAGCACUACUAUUCAAGUAUUGAUUUCUUAGCUCAAGUAUCCCUGGUGCUCUCAGACUUUCUCAUGGUGCAGAUCAAAGCAUAAUAGCUUGAGCUGACCACUUAACAAGAAUGAUUAUGCACGAAGAAAAAGUGUAGGUGAGAGUUUUUGCUAGUGGGACUUUGUUAAGGCAGCCACAAGACAACUCGUAGGACAACUCGUCCAGUAAUUUGUCGGUAUGUGUCGGUUUCUUGUAAACUGUUGUCCAUAGUGAGUUGUCGUCACGGCUUACCAGGUAGUAAACUGUAUGUCAGUGUUUAGUCCGUUAAGGACUAUCGACAACAGUCCUUCUUAGGACUACACUCACCCAGACGACCCAAACUACACUAUUAAAUGUUACCCCCGGGUUCAAACCACUUGCUGUAUUUGUUAAUAUUCAGAACCUGUCCUUUGUGAGGGAUCUCCAAAAAUAGCUAUCCUAGGAGAUGGUUGGACUGUUGUCACAAAGGAUGGUAAAAGGUUGAGUACACCAGUUUUUAUUCAAUCAGGCGUAAUAGUUAGUGAUAUAUGAAUACAAUUUAGUAACAUUUGUCCUCAUGUGGCGCGCUGCAGAAGAAUAACUAUUAGCUGAAAAUUGUGCUACUUCAAGUUUGAAGGCUCAGGAGCUUAAGGGGCUUGAGGAACCAUUCUAGGCCAGUAUAAGUCAGGAUCAAGGGUUUGCUUGUGGGGAAUUUUUACCAAAUUCAAGAAAUGAAAAGGUCAAAAAUGUACCAUGGCAAAGCAUCAUUUCAAUUCUUACUUAAGAUUAAUGCAACUGGUUGGAAAAGAUGAAGGACUACAACAACAACUUUAUGUCUUAAAAUAUGUCCUGCGAAUACUGAUGAGGGAAAGCUACUCUAACAUCCUUGUUGUUUCUUCAGUGGAUGUUGAGACGAGUGUUAUCUGUUAGCUCAUUCCAAUGCAGACAGACAGUAUUGUCAUUUUUAAACUUCUCGUUUUUCAUGUAUGACUUUUUCCGUCUCUUUCUCUCUCAGGACGGCACAGUUCGAACACACUGUUUUGAUAACAGAUUCUGGUGUUGAAGUACUUACUGCUGAUACCAAAGAUUGACAUUGAAAAAACUAAGGAAGAAGAGUUUUAAUUUAUUUUGUGUUUUAUGAAGAACAUCACAGAUAAAUAAUUAAUGAAACAAAUUCUGCCUCCUCUGUGGUAAUUUCAAAAUAUUUUUGUCUUUUUGCAACGUUUUGUGAAUCAAAACUUACAAGGUCAUAUUAUUCCAAGUUGUGUUAAAAGAUUAAAGAUGUGUUUUCUUAACUUACUCUUUCUACAUUUUCUUUGUGAAACGGAAUCUUACUUUUUGUUUGAGGUUGUUUGACUUGGAUAUUUUUUCUUGGUUUAAAAUUUUUUCAAGAG